AUGAAAAGCCUCGUCGCGGGUGAGGCUCUAACGCCCUCCGUCAACGAGACGUCACUCGAUCUCUCCAGCCUGGUCACUGAAGACGGUCAUAGCCUACUCAAAAGAGCACCCAUCGCGCCAGCAAACGACUUCCUAUGGGUGACUGCCGGUUGCCGCGGCCAGAAGCUCCAGCUAAUGGACACCCUCAAUCCACAAGAAGCGCAGCAAUUCGGUACUCCACUGAACAGUCCAUGGACUGGGACACUUGUCAACGAGCUUGCGCUGUGGGGCUACCUAGACAACAGCGAAAACAGAGAUAUCAAAGACGAAUGCGACUUCACCAUGAAGCCGAUGUUCGAAACCGCACUGAAGGCUCUUGGAAUCAGCGCGAGGAGUGCCCCGGAUGGCGGACCGAACAAAUGUUUCUCCUACGUCCACAGAGACAGUGCCGCCGUUCAGCGGUUGCCAAACGGCCAGCUGCCAGCCAGAAACCAACAGCAGUACGUCGUCAACAGUAGAAGCUACAGGAUCACAGGCGCAUUCCACACCAUCGGCAUCAACGCGCAAGACGGCGUCAUCCACAUGAUCAACCGCCGGUCAGCCCAAUCUGCGGCCAAACAAUUAUGGAACAUCGCCCAAGCUCCAAAAGACCAGCUGCCCGCCCUAGCUUCGAGUUCAGACAUCGCCUGGGGACUAUGGGAGAGGAUGAGCCCCGGCAAUCUCGCCAACAUCAACUACAUCUUCUCCCACCGGAUCACCAACGAAGAGACACGCGCCAUCAUCGCGCGCGCUCUGGAAGGCCGAGAGGUACGACCCUGGCCGGGAGAGGUGUUCGAAGCUGGAAUGGCUACGGAAUACUGGGCUUUGUUGGGAUCACCCAACGGCAUCGCGGCAGGCUACCUGCUCGGACAACAUAAACCCCAGUUUGGCCACAACAGAUACGUGUCGGCUAUACAUGUCUUCCAGGGCGCACCGGGAAGUCCCUUCAUGGGGGUACCAGCGCUGCCGUAUAUGUGCUUCGUUGUUAAGCCGGCGCCGUAUCCGCCGCCACCUCCUCCGCAGGAGAUUCAGAUGCGAGAUGUUGCGCUGAAUGAGCCUGUUGCUAUCGAAGAGGACGAGGAUCGAGUGGUAGCGCGGUCUGAAGACGGGAAGAGCAUUGUGAGGAGUCAUAAAGUGUUUGCAAAGUCGUUAUAG